AUGAAUGCAUCUGUAAUAUCUACUUAAGCCUAUUUUAGUGGUUUUACAACCAAUCUUCUAAGAGAUACAGGCUACUAUGCAAAAAUAAAUGACUCUAUGGAAGAAUAAAUGUUUUAUGGAAAAGGAAAAGGGUGUGAAUAAGUCAUGGGUAAAUGUGAUAUUAAAUUAAGAGAAUAUUGUGAUCCUAAAAAUGAAGCUACAUUAUGUGAUUUUCACCAUUAUGGAUUUGCUGAAUGUAAAACUGGUUUAUAUAAUAAUUCUAAUUGCAAUAAUUUAUUUGUCUACGACAAUGCAAAAUGCUUUGAUGUAAACAGUCCAUUUAACGAUAGCAAAAUUACAAAAUCAAAUGGAAAUAAAUUUGGUACUGAUUCGAGAUGUUUCAACGGAAGCUUAUUGGCUAAAGGAUAUAAAUAAAGAAACAUAAUUAAGGGUCAAUGCUAUAAAUAUGAAUGUAGUGCUAAUGGAUAAUAAGUAAAUAUAUAUAUAGAAUCAGUAAAACUCGUUUGUAAUAAAAAUUCGGAAUAAAAAACAGUAGAAAAUUAUACUGGAUUUGUAUUAUGUCCAGAAAAUAUAACAGAAUUUUGUAAGUUGAAAAAAAUAUGUAAGAAUUUCUGUAGUUAAAACGGAUAUUGUCUAAAUAAUAAAUGUGAAUGUAAAAAAGAUUUCUAUGGAGAAGAUUGUUCUAAUAAAAUACCUAUUAAAAAAAAAUGA